ACGGCUCCAGAGCCUCCGGGUCGGGGCGGCGGCGGCGCUUCGGCUCGUCCUGAGCCGGCUGCUAGCCCCGCGCCCCACCCCAUCUCCCGGGCGGGGGACGCCCCGGCACCGAUCACCCCGGUGCGGCAGGGCGGAGCGGAGUUGCAGAGACCAAGGACUACUUUCAUUCUUUCUCCAUAUUGCUUGAUGGGAGGCAUUAUGGCCCCCAAAGACAUAAUGACAAAUACUCACGCUAAAUCCAUCCUCAAUUCAAUGAACUCCCUCAGGAAGAGCAAUACCCUCUGUGACGUGACCUUGAGAGUAGAGCAGAAAGACUUCCCCGCCCACCGGAUUGUGCUGGCUGCCUGCAGUGAUUACUUCUGUGCCAUGUUCACUAGUGAGCUUUCUGAGAAGGGGAAACCUUUUGUUGAUAUCCAAGGCUUAACUGCCUCUACCAUGGAAAUCCUGCUGGACUUUGUGUACACAGAAACAGUACAUGUGACAGUGGAGAAUGUCCAAGAGCUGCUCCCUGCAGCCUGUCUGCUCCAGCUGAAAGGUGUGAAGCAAGCCUGCUGUGAAUUCUUAGAAAGUCAGCUGGACCCUUCUAAUUGCUUGGGCAUCAGGGAUUUUGCUGAAACUCACAACUGUGUAGACCUGAUGCAAGCAGCUGAAGUUUUUAGCCAGAAGCAUUUUCCUGAAGUGGUGCAGCAUGAAGAAUUCAUUCUUCUAAGUCAAGGAGAAGUGGAAAAAUUAAUCAAGUGUGAUGAAAUCCAGGUGGAUUCUGAAGAGCCAGUCUUUGAGGCUGUCAUCAACUGGGUGAAGCAUGCUAAGAAGGAACGAGAAGAAUCCUUACCUGACCUGCUACAGUAUGUCCGGAUGCCCCUUCUGACGCCCAGGUACAUCACGGAUGUAAUAGAUGCUGAGCCUUUCAUCCGCUGUAGUUUACAGUGCAGGGACUUAGUUGACGAAGCAAAGAAGUUUCAUCUGAGGCCUGAACUGCGAAGUCAAAUGCAGGGACCCAGGACAAGGGCUCGUCUAGGAGCCAAUGAAGUACUUUUGGUGGUUGGGGGCUUUGGAAGCCAGCAGUCUCCAAUCGACGUGGUAGAGAAAUAUGACCCCAAAACUCAGGAGUGGAGCUUUUUGCCAAGCAUCACUCGUAAGAGACGUUACGUGGCCUCAGUGUCCCUACAUGACCGGAUCUACGUCAUUGGUGGCUAUGAUGGCCGUUCCCGCCUCAGUUCAGUGGAGUGUCUAGACUACACAGCUGAUGAGGAUGGGGUCUGGUAUUCAGUAGCCCCUAUGAAUGUGCGGCGAGGCCUGGCUGGAGCGACCACCCUGGGAGAUAUGAUCUAUGUCUCUGGAGGAUUUGAUGGAAGUAGGCGCCAUACCAGUAUGGAGCGCUAUGACCCCAACAUUGACCAGUGGAGCAUGCUGGGAGACAUGCAGACAGCGCGGGAAGGCGCUGGGCUGGUGGUGGCGAGUGGCGUGAUCUAUUGUCUAGGAGGAUAUGAUGGCUUGAAUAUCUUAAAUUCAGUUGAGAAAUAUGAUCCCCAUACAGGACACUGGACUAACGUCACACCAAUGACCACCAAGCGCUCAGGUGCGGGAGUAGCCCUGCUGAAUGACCAUAUUUAUGUGGUGGGGGGAUUUGAUGGUACAGCCCACCUUUCUUCCGUUGAAGCUUACAACAUUCGCACCGAUUCCUGGACAACUGUCACUAGUAUGACCACCCCACGAUGCUAUGUAGGGGCCACAGUGCUCCGGGGAAGACUCUACGCAAUUGCAGGAUAUGAUGGGAAUUCUCUGCUGAGUAGCAUUGAGUGCUAUGACCCGAUCAUCGACAGCUGGGAAGUAGUGACAUCCAUGGGGACCCAGCGCUGUGAUGCUGGCGUGUGUGUUCUCCGGGAGAAGUGACCGUUACUGGAGCACCAUCCAGAGCUAGUGACCAGUCCAAGGGGCAGUUUGCGAGAGAAUCAAGGAUCCUUUCCAGAAUGUCUAUUUCUCACUGUGCGCACAGGGAGAUUACAGGCACCAGUGCAGUUAUGAUUGUACUUUUUUAACGCA